CUUUACCUUCAUCUGGGCGAAAGAAAUCUCAUUGACGCGUAGUGAUAUGUUGUGAUUCAUUCGUUUGUAGUAUUUUGCAAUAAUCAGUCAGCGUGUUAUAGGAUUUUAGAAGAAUUAGUGUUACCAUAUACAUGUUUGCUGUGGACAAGUAGAUGGGAAUACCUGUACAACAGAUUUUUAUUGGAGUAGUAUCCCUUGCUUACUUUGUGAAUGUCAUCGUACUUGCGAAUGGUGAUGACCAAUUGAUAUGUACGGGGUACACAUUCUACAAAGUGAAGAAAAAUGGGCAAGCAUUUUGUAAGGAAUGUCCAUCAUGUAUUGGUGGAGGAAUAGGAUGGAAUAUAACUGAAACAAGGAUUAAAGAUGAGCAUGGUUUCAGGUCGUGUUACAAGUGUGAGAAAUGUAAACCGGGAACAUUCCGUGUACUGGAAUCAUAUGAUUCGAAAUGCGAGCCGUGUGGCCUUGAUUGUGUCGCUAAGAACAGGUAUGGUUCCGUUAGAUGUGGAGGAGGGAAUCCCGGACAUUGUGGAGAGUGUUUUACUGGGUAUUACGCCACUUCGAAGGAAUCUAACAGUAGAUGUACCCUGAAGCCAACAGAAGGUGAUGAAGAUGUGAAAACAGUAACGGAGAAAACAACAACUACGGAACACAGGUUGGAAGAGAACAGACGUCAGCCUAAUCCUUUAGCAAACGUUCCCAUAUGGAUUCCUGGUGGAAUUCUGUUUAUUGCAUUCCUAGCAGUAAUAGCUUUUGGGAUUAUCGCUGCUCUUUGGCAAAAGAGAAAUAGGACAUCGGCACAGACUGAUAUUGCAUAUGACUCGAAAAUUCGUCUGAUAAGCAAUAGCAGUAGAUUAGAUGAAGAAAACUUGGAAACAGAUGGUGACCACGGUGUCAAGGCCAGGGGAGAACUUCCGGUAGCCGUAACUUUGAAUGAGAUUGAGGCUAUGGGCUUUAGUUCGUCUUCUAAACGGCUGGAAUCCCCGAACUUUGACAGAAUUCUACACAAAGACGAUAAAACGUUAGAUGUCGUUGCCAACAACAUACAUGGUGAGAGGAGACAUGAAAUGUUUGAAACCUACCUAAAACUACCUAAAUCCAAGACCUCGCCUGAGGAAGAGAAGUUUCAUAAGAAUUUAUGUUCCUUUCCUGCUUACAUUCUGGAAGUACUGAAAAUAUGGCUUCAAUAUGCGGACAAAGAGGCUACCCUGAAAAAUCUUUGUAAAGCUUUAGAAAUGGCAAGUUUUAAUGAUGUUGUAGGCAAGGUCCUAGAUUUGCCAGAAAACCAGCCAGGUCUGGGUAAUGUAGAUGAAUGUUAAAGAUAUAUAAGAUUUUACACGAGUUGUCAUUUUGAUAUGGGCUAACAUUAAACAAAUCUGAUAAAGUAUUAUAUAAAUGGCGGCUUUGUGGAGCUAUAUCGCAUUGUUCGGACAACUUUAACUCUUACCAUGGUAGAUAUCUUAAAUGGACUUGUCUGUUUUUCAACAUUUACAUAAUUAUUCAUCAAAUUUAGUGGAAAUUUCAAAAUAUUAACUGACUACAUUUCUAUUAGUACAUACCAUGAUCAGACAGCUCGAGUGUCCCGGUAGGUUAUGGUCUGCACGGGUAACAUGAGUAGAAUCUGUUGCCACCAGGAUCCGGUUGUUCAAACAUUGGUUAGUGUUAAUUUUAACCAACGUUUUGAACAACCCGGUCCAGCAGGCUAAGGGUUAAGUUAAUGUAAGUCUAUAGCGUCAACGAAUGUAAGAUUUUUAUCACAUUAUAUGCCAGGACAUUCCGAAAAAAAACAUCUUAAUGACAGUUUCACGACCUAUAAUUAUAUAUUUAACGAUAUAAGGAAAAUGGUUAUGUAAGAUUGAAACACAAGGGUCAUAUGAUUAAUUUAUCGUUCAGGUAGUUGAUACAAAAUAGUAUGUUUAUACAUGUAGUUCUAACAAUAAGAAAAAAUGAUUAUAGUUUUUUUUUUGCUAUUUAAUUAAUUUCAGUAUUUAAAAAAUAUUACAUGUAUUAACAGCUAUAUAAGAAAUAAAACAUUUCUUAUCGUUAUUAGACUGAAUAUGGCUAAAACUAUUUUGGUUCUUUACUCGCAUGUUAUCUUUUGUUAAAAUAUGGCUACACAAAUAUUUUGAUGUUAUUUUUUGCUUCAAAUAUAGCACUAAAAUUGUUGUUGAUUUUUAUUAUGGUUCGUUGUUAUCAAUCUCCAGAAACAAUCAUGAUCUUUUUUUAAGUUUGGUCACUUUUUGCUCAGGCUGUAACACAUAAGAAUUCCAUUAAUUGUUUUUUAUCCAAUUUGUAAAUAUAUGAUAUUACUAUUAUUUAUCAGUGUAUAUUAUAUUUAGUCAGGAAAUUAUUCAAGUGUUAAU